AUGAAAGGUAAACAAAAUGAAGGAUUUGUUAGCGAUCCGCUUUUGUUGCCGAGGAUUAAAGAGCAUUGCCUCAAUUUCGCAGAUCAAAAGUUUUUCCGCCCCGAAGACGUUGCUUUCGAUCUGCAGAGGAAAUAUCAUGAAUAUGGUCGUAAGAAAUACAAGCCAUUCGUCGCAAUGGUACGAGAAGGAUUAAAUCGUCUCAACAUCAAGGAUAGACCUGAGAACGCGGAGGCAGUAAGUACUGAAAAUAAUGACGACGUCACUGUGGUUCUAGAAAAGAAAUCUGAAAACGCCGUAGUCCGCCCAACAGAACCAUCGAAAAAUGAGAGGAAGAGAAAGGCUCUGAGCUCAAAUUCUUCAGCGCCAAAAGUAGAAGACGUAUGCAUAUCGAGCGAUGAGGACAAUGACAGGAAGUUUGAGGAAUAUAAGGGUACGAAUGGUGCUAACAAGGCCGUACUGAACUUGUACAGCAAAAAGGAUGCUCCUUCAGUCGCAUCAAAAAAGAAGCGAACUGAUACUGGGAAGAACCCUGCUACUUCAUCGUCCGUUCCGAGCGCUCCUCGGGGACUUGGCAGCGUUCCAACUUUUUCUAUCCAACCGCGACCGUCAACAGUUACGUUUGAGCAGUUGGGUGGAUGCGAUCGGCAGUUUUUGGAAGUUUGUCGUCUUGCGAUGCACAUGAAACGGCCGCAUACCUACAAUAUGCUUGGAGUUGAACCACCAAAAGGAUUCCUUGUUCACGGACCACCUGGAUGCGGAAAAACGUUAUUUGCACAGCAAAUUCCUUUAAGGCCCGUGGCAAGGGCAACCUCGCAUCUGUUGCCGAUGAUACAACUAGCCGCCCCAGAACUGGUCUCGCGCGUGUGUCUUGGCGAUACUGAAGAGAGAGGUAGUUCGUGCGAGUUUGUUGCGUCAUUGCUGAAGCAAGAAGUGCACCGUGUGUUUGCUGAGGCGCUAAUUCAGAUUCUUGACGACAUCGAUGCGAUCGCUCCGAGGCGUGAAACAGCUACUCGUGAGAUGGAACGCAGAGUUGUCAGCCAGUUGAGCAAUUCAUUAGACGAGUUGUCUGGCCAGAAUAGAAAGGCAUCGAUCGGUGAGAGAAUUUCUAUAGCGAAUGAUGGUGAAGUGAGCUUGAUGGACGAUGAACCAAAAUCCUGCGGACAUGUCUUGGUGACUGGCACGACAAGUCGCCCUGAUGCAGUGGACGGUGGAUUGCGCAGAGCUGGUCGAUUCGAUUGUGAAAUUUCUCUCGGUAUUCCAGAUGAGCAGGCCCGUCAGAAGAUCCUCCAUACAGUAUGCAAACUUCCGCUUGAUGAUGAUGUCAGUAUGAAAAUGGUUGCGAGACUAACUCCUGGCUACGUCGGCGCUGAUUUAUCCGCACUGGUCAGAGAAGCGGCGAAAUGUGCUAUUAACAGAAUAUUCGACACAAUUGUGAAUCAUAACUCCUCCAAACGCCAUAUGACAAAUGAAGAGAUCAAGGAAGAACUGGAUAAAGUACUGGCGUGGUUGCAAGCAGACGACGAUCCGAAAGUACUGGAAAGAUUGGGUGGAUUCAGCGUGAAAAUGUCAGACUUCGAACGGGCUCUGGAAAAUGUCCAGCCAUCUGCAAAGCGAGAAGGCUUCGCCACUGUGCCUGAUGUUUCAUGGGAGGAUAUAGGAGCUCUGAGCGACAUUCGACAGGAAUUAGAAUGGAAUAUUUUGGUGAGUAUAAUUUGGCUUCCUAUACUGUAG